AACUAUCGACAUAUCUUCCUACCCCCAAACAACUGACACAUAAUAUCCGACACUAGCAAUAAAAACAGCAGCGGGAAUCCUUCGAGCAUGCAACCAAAAUAACAGAUAUAAAAAAAAUAGAACAAAAAUCAGAUUUGCCACGCUUUGCCAUCAGCCGCCAUGCAACACCUCCACCAUCCGUAGCGCCAUCGGCCUCUCGUCUCCCCUCCGCCGCAGCUGCCUCCUGUUCACCGUUGAUCUCACCGUUGGUCUUCUGGACGGCCAUAUGCGGCUAUGUUGUCUUUUAAGCCUUUUCUUUGCAGUGGGCUGACCUAAGACGAAAUUACAGGAAGGUCCUUUUUCUUUCCAUUUUGAGGCAUUAAGCGGCCGCCUCAGUCACCAAAGAGUUGGGCCGGCCCUGUUCGCUGUCCGCCGCCGACAGCUGGUUUCGGUUUUCUUCUUGGCAGCAGAGAAAGCGUGGAAUAAGAAACGGUGGUACUGAAGAAGAUCUCCCAGCUGUGCAGAUCCGAGAGAGGAGAGAGAGAGAGAGAGAGAGAGAGAGAGCAAUGGAUGGGGAAGAGGUGCAGGUGAUCCACUCGUGGUCGGCUCCGCGAUCCCUCAGCACCAGCCUCAUGUACUCCUUCGCUCAGAGGGAUGACAUGGAGGUGCUCGAUGAACCUCUCUAUGCGAAUUUUUUAAGGGUCACUGGUGUCGAAAGGCCAUAUCGUGAUGAAGUGCUGUCCAAAAUGGAAUCUGAUGGUAAUAAUGUCAUCAAGGAGGUGAUUUUUGGUCCUGGGAAGAAGAAAUAUCGAUACUGCAAGCAUAUGGCAAAACAACAUCUUCCUAACUUAACGAAUGAUUUGAUGAAGAAAGGAAAGCACUUCCUAUUGAUACGGCACCCCCUCAAUGUCCUGUCAUCCUUCAACAAAGUUGCACCACCAUCUUUUCUAGAGCUAGGUUUGGGAAACCUUGCCUCCAUUUAUAGUGAAUUAUGUUUGCUUGGGAACCCUCCAGCUAUAGUAGAUGCUGAUGAUCUACAAAAGGAUCCUCAGGCUGUCUUGAGUGGUCUUUGUCAGGAACUGGGUAUUCCUUUCUGUGCAUCAAUGCUUGAAUGGGAAGCUGGUCCAAAACCAUUUGAUGGAAUUUGGGCUCCUUGGUGGUAUGGAAAUGUACACAAGACAACAGGUUUUACAAAGCCAUGCAUGCAUUCAUCGCCAUUUCCAUCUGCCCAAUAUGACUUGCUAGAGCAAAGUCUGCCUUUCUACAACUUGCUCAGACAAAAGAGUAGGUCCUCAUUACAACCUUCUUUACCUCUUCCUAGUCUUCCUGUCCUUGCCAAUGGGAAGCUCCUUGCUUGGGUUGGUGAUGAACUCUUACCUCGUGAGAGUGCCAAGGUUUCAGUGUUUGAUUCAGUUGUACAAGGUGGUGAUGCAGUGUGGGAGGGACUCCGUAUCUAUAAUGGAAAAGUUUUCAAGCUUGAUGAACACUUGGAUCGGUUGUUUGAUUCAGCCAAAGCUUUAGCCUUCAGCAACAUUCCAAAUCGUGAAGCGAUAAAGGAAGCAAUUUUCAAAACUCUCAUAUCAAAUGGGAUGUUUGACAAUGCACAUAUAAGACUCACUUUAACUCGUGGGAAAAAGGUUACAUCUGGAAUGAGUCCAGCAUUCAACCUUUAUGGAUGCACUCUGAUUGUGCUUGCUGAGUGGAAACCACCAGUCUAUGACAAUUCAGGUGGUAUAAAACUGGUGACAGCAACCACACGUCGUAAUUCACCAAAUAGUAUAGAUUCCAAGAUUCAUCACAAUAAUCUUAUCAACAACAUAUUGGCCAAGGUAGAAGGAAACCUUGCUGGGGCAGAUGAUGCUAUCAUGCUAGACAAAGAUGGUUUUGUAUCAGAAACAAAUGCCACAAACAUUUUCAUGGUAAAAAAGGGGCAAGUAUCCACGCCUCAUGCUGACUACUGCCUUCCAGGCAUCACUCGAGCAACUGUUAUGGAUCUUGUGGUGAAAGAGAACCUGGUCCUACACGAGCGACGUAUUAGUCUAUCUGAGUUUCAUACUGCAGAUGAGGUAUGGACAACAGGAACUAUGGGUGAACUAACACCAGUUGUCGUGAUUGAUGGGCGCAUCAUUGGAAAUGGAGAAGUUGGUCCUGUGACUAGAAGAAUCCAGGAUGCUUACAGGGUCCUGACUGCUGAAUCAGGGGUGCCAAUACCUAUGCAUGUGGAGUAAUCAUUCUGAAGACUGAAACUAAGACUAGCUCCAAGCCACUGCCUUCUGAUCUGUUCUGUUCACAUACACUACAGUGAGGCAGAAAUCUGUGGUGAUUUGAACUUCAUUUUGAACCAGUAGUAAAUGUCAUAUUAUUACUGGUGCUCAGUUCUUGUUCCCAUCUUGUGUUCCUUCUGUUGAUGGCACCAGCUAUCCAUAGGAAGUGGGAUCUGUCCUGACCAAGAUUAGCUCUAUCCAUGCGCUGGUAGUUAUAAAAUCUAAAUUGGAACAGUGGAUCUACUCAGAACUCCAAAAAAUUUGGAUUCAUAACUAACAUCAUGACAUGUUCAUAAACUCCAAUGAGAUUGUAGUACUUCACAUGAACCUUAUUGAGUGUGAGAAUGUGUACAUGUCCACAUGUUCAUUUA